GGCAAAGCGCGCGCUUUGUUUAUCUUCUUCGCUUAUUCCGUAGGUGAUGACGUUUCUUCUCAGAGAUAAGUCAACCACUACCAGACGAAAAAAUGGCGACCGCUGUGCCGUCACGAUUCGCCGUUCUGAGUAUCGAGGACGACGACUACAAGCCUAAGAAGACGCAGAAGAGCGCGACGACGAGUAAGACUAACGCGAAGAACAAAGGUGAGAAACCGAAGCAGCAGCAGCAACAGCAACAACAACAGGCAAACAAGAAAAAACAGAACAAAGGAAAAAAGAAGAAAACAAGUAAUGAAGAUCAGCAGUGGGAGCAGUGGAAACAAAAAGACACGAUGGCUGUUGAGGAAACAUUUGAACAGGAAUUGCAUCAAGCCAUCUUGCUGUCAAAACUGGCAUAUGAAGAACAAUUAGUUAGUACAGCUAAGACGACAAAAGAACAGGAUCAGGCUAAGAAAUCUAGCAAAAAGUCAAAGAAGGCAACUAUGUCUCUGGAAGAGUUCAAUAACAUGGGAACAAAUGCAGCACCCUUAGUUCUAACGACAGAUGAAUCUUCGGAUAAUAAAUCGAAAGAAGUGGAUACAGAGUUCUUCGAGAGGGUAGAGAAGGAAACGAAAGACGAAAUAACGAAGGGAAAAGAGAAAGAUAUUCUGAAGGCCAGGUUACAUAAAAUUGAUGAUGAUAUAACGUCCGCACAGUUAAGGGUGGAAAUUGAAAAACGCGAUGAAAUAAUCAGCCAAUUGAGAAAAGAGGUAAACACAUUAAAGGAAGAAUUAGCACAAGUUAAAGAAAGGAAUAAAAAACUUUAUCAAAUACUGUCACAUGGUGAAAUGAAAGAUAAAGCAUCGGUAUUAGCUGAAGUGGCAAAACUGCAAGAAAUACAGGAUGAAUUGACGUCCGAAGUAGCUUCUUUGCACGCUCAGUUGGAACAGGAAAGAUCCAAAACACGUACUUCUAGUACAGAUGUGAAACCGUCUAAACAAUCUAACAAAAAAAGGCCGGCCAGUGAAAAUGCCUAAUUCGCUUCUUGCGGAAAACUGUACCAUUGUGAUCUACUAAUUUUAAUUAUUAAGCAACAAUCUGAGAGAAAAACGUUACAUUUAUUAAAAAAAAAAAAUUUCGAUCUCUUAUAUUUUGUACUUGACCGUUAAGUAUAAGUUUAAGAUAUGUCCAAACAAUAAGCGUUGUUAAAACAUGAUUGUGCAUCGUAAAAAUGAAAUUACAGCCUAGCAGCUUCCAAGUUUUGUUUCUCUCAAAAGACUGUAAACUAUAUGUGCUUCAUUUUCUUUAUUUUUAGUUUUAAUAAGUUAGAAAUUUAAAAAAAAAAUGGCGAGUUUCAUUAAAUACGAUAGAUCCACUUUACAAAACUGAUAUUUUGCUCUUCCAAAAGUUAAAAAAUUUUUAUAAAUGUUUUGCAUUAUUUUUUUCUGGAAAUACUCAUGCCGACAUACAUCCGCGCGUGUGUAAAUAUAUAUAUUAUUAUUAAAAUAUUUUGUAAUAAACAUAUUCUACACACAAUAUGUGACUAGGAUUAUUGAACA